AGCGAGCGGAGCCCGCUCCGGGGCUUGAUGAAACUUCCCCGGCAGAGAGCGGGCGGGAAGAAGUUGUUGGAAGCCUCUCCGAGCCUGCGAAGGGAGCCGGCAGCUCGGGGCUUUGGUGUGUUUGGGUUCUCUGGGACUGAGUUUGGGACAUUCAUGACAAGCUCUGAGAGAACAGGAGACGCACGCUGGCUGUGCCUGAGUCUCGGCACCUGUGAGAGUACGACCAAGGGGUUAUCCUGAGCCCUGUACCCAGGGGUGGACCUCUUCUUCAGGCUUCAGUGGCGGGGAGCCCAUCUGAGCAAGGUAAAAUAUCAAGAGAGCAUGGCUCACCUGGGUGAAUGUAAAUGGACUCAUGUCUUCCCUUUUCUGGUGGUCUCCCUGGUGUACUCCGCCAGUGCCGAAUACUCCAACUGCGGCGAAAACGAAUACUACAACCAGACCACCGGCAUGUGCCAUGACUGCCCCAAGUGCGAGCCGGGAGAAGAGCCUUACAUGACAUGCGGAUAUGGCACCAAAGAUGAGGACUAUGGCUGCAUUCCCUGCCCUUCAGAGAAGUUUUCCAGAGGAGGUUACCAGAUAUGCAGGCGGCACAAAGACUGUGAGGGUUUUUUUCGAGCCACAGUCAUGACACCUGGUGAUCAGGAAAAUGAUGCAGAGUGUGGGCCAUGUCUUCCAGGUUACUACAUGCUGGAAAACAGACCUCGAAACAUAUAUGGGAUGGUUUGCUACUCCUGCUUGUUGGCGCCUCCUAACACCAAGGAAUGUGUAGGGGCUGCUUCUGGCAUUUCGGCCAUUUUCCCGAGUACCUCUGGCACAAGCACUUUCUCACCCUACCAGCAUGCUCACAAAGCAGAUCUUUCAGGACAAGGACAUCUGGCUACAGCUCUUAUAAUUGCAAUGUCUACGAUCUUCAUAAUGGCUAUUGCCAUUGUCCUUAUCAUCAUGUUUUACAUUGUGAAAACAAAACCUUCUGCUCAAGCCUGUUGCAAGAGCCACUCAGUGAAAAAUGUUGAAGCCCAGGCUAACACACAAGAAGAGAAGAAAGAAGUGCAAGAUAAUGUUGUAAUAUUCUCUGAGAAGGAGGAGUUUGAAAAACUUACAGCAACUCCAGCUAAAGCUGUUAAAAGUGAAAAUGAUGCAUCUUCUGAGAAUGAAAGACUUUUAAGUCGUAGUAUGGAUAGUGAUGAAGAAGCUGCAGUUGACAAGCAAGGGACUCCAGAGAGAUGCUUGUUAUCUUUAGUGCAUUUGGCCAGAGAUAAAUCUUCUACAAGCAAUAAAUCAACUGGGAUUCAAAGUCGAAGGAAAAAGAUACUCGACGUGUAUGCUAACGUAUGCGACGUUGCAGAAGGUCUGAGCCCUACGGAGCUGCCAUUUGAUUGCUUGGAGAAGACCAGCCGAAUGCUCAGCUCAACCUACAACACAGAAAAAGCCAUAGUGAAAACGUGGCGCCACCUUGCUGAGAGCUUUGGACUGAAGAGAGAUGAGAUAGGUGGUAUGACAGACGGCAUGCAGCUCUUUGAUCGCAUCAGCACGGCAGGCUACAGCAUCCCAGAACUGCUAACCAAACUGGUGCAAAUCGAGCGGUUGGAUGCUGUCGAAUCCUUGUGUGCGGAUAUUCUGGAGUGGGCGCAAGCGAUGCCGGCUCCUGAACCAGCAGCGACAUCCUGACUCUCCUGCCUGGGACCUGUGCUUCCACAUCAUCCCCAAGAACCGUGAGUCCAGCAAGCACCAUGUCAAAGACUUUGGACAAAAGACCAUUGAUGUUUCUUCUACGUAAUCGCUCCUGAUGACUAACAGGAAGCUCUUCUCUUUGACUUGCAAAAAAAUUGAAGUUACACAUCUAUCAAAACAAGGGCAGAAGUCUCCCAAGAAGCUUGGUAUGAACCAUGUCAUUAGCAAAAUGAUCGUGUGAAACAGUUACUGAUAAUCUGUGGACACACAAACACCCAUUUUGUGGUCUGUGUAUGAGCAUAUGUGCAGAUAACCCUGCAGAUACCCUUCCUGCCUGGCCUGCAAGAAAUCCAUUGAAUUGCUCUCUGACAAUAUUGCUGCCUCUUAGGGCUUUGCUCAAUGGUUUAAUAGUCAGUCAAAAGCAGUACCACUGCUACAGUGCCAGUCAAUACACAUUAGACACGUACAUUCCUUUUGGCUCUAACACAUUUAAUUUCAUUUUCUAUACUUAACAUGGGUUUGUUGAAUCUAGAAGUGUGUGCAUAGGUGUAUAUACAGAGUCCUCAGGUUAACUAACUAUAUUGUGUGAAAAAAGAGUCAACAUGAUUUACAGAUUGAAGUGCUUCAAAAUGCUGUACAUAAUGCACAUAAAUGCACUCUUGGUCAACAUGGACAUUUCAGAAAUUGUAAAUUCAACCUGCCGACUUGCUGAGGACAAACUGGUUAGCAAGUGUGCAGUAGAAGUUGGCAGUCACUCCUUGUAAGUUGAGAGCAAGAAGUUCUUCCCUUCUGCGCUGAUACCAAAAAAAAAGCAAUUAAAACAUCUUGUCCACUACCAUGAAAAAUUGAUUUUUCCAGUAGUGACACCUAUAUAUCAAAUUCUAUUACAAGCCUUAUAUUACAAGCAGAGGAAUUUCAGCAGACGACAGUUGUACACGAAGAGCAAAAAGAGUACAUUUAUCUAGAGAUACUUUAAAUGCAGAAGAAUAAGUGUUUUUUUAAAAUGCUCUACUCUUGUAAAUGUAGACUGUGAGCACAGAGUUCACAGGUGAAAAUCAGCUCCCAUGGAAGAUAAAUAUUUUGAGCUUGUGUGCAACAAAAAUUGACCUUGUUUUUUCUUUUCCCCUUUUAACUAAUCUAUGAUUUUCCUAGUUAAGUGCUCUCUAAAAUUUGUACAGACCACAAACCAGUAGCUGUUACAAAACCUAUUUGUUUAAUUUGUAGCUAAAAUGUGUGAUGGCAGAUUUCAAGAAGUGCAACCACUAAAUUAAGAGAUAUGACAGUUACAAAGUAAUACUUUUCAAAUUCCAAAAUGCAUGACUGAACAAAAUGCUAUAAAAAUAUUAACUAUAACCCCAAAGUUAACAAUCAGUAUUCCAUCAGUUAGUCACUGUAUCUUACCUAUGGUAGUAUCAUAAUUGUGCGGAACAUUGAGUAUCACCCUUUAACGUCUAUAUUUUCUAUCUUUUCAGCACUUGAUUUGUAUAGCAGAGGAAGUACAGACUGCAACAUAAAACCUAUCCUUCUCCUUAUUGUCUUCCACCAUUUAUUUCAUAUCAUAACACACUCUUCAUUAAUUUACAUAUGCCCAAUCUGAUGAGAAUUUUGACUUUUCUUUAAAGGAAUCGGGAAGCUGCAUUUAUUUGAACAUUUAACUAGCUGAUUAGUGUUUAACUGAGGGGUGAAAUGCUUGCUGUCUUGAAAGCAAUGGCAAAUCAAUUGCCAUUCAACAGGCUUCAAUAAGAUUCCUAGAUUUCCUGAUGACUCAGCAAUCUUCAACAAAAUUUUCAAGACCCUGAAUUUACAGUUUAGGACUAUUGCUACUAAAAAAAAAUGAACCAAACCAAAGCAACCAACCAUCCAAAAAUGGGAAGAUUCUAUUAUUUCUUGUGCCAGUGUGUAACUACAGUGUUAUUUAGUGGACUGCCUCCUAAAUUUAAUCUUUCAUUUAAUAGUACACACCAUUUAUUUGUUUAAAAGAAGAUACAGGAAUCCUCUUUUUUAUGUUUAUUUGGCCUUGAAAAAUUAGGGUCUUGAAAUCAAUGGUGCCAAUGUGAAUACAAACUAUUUAACAUUAUUUUAUUUAGUAUACAGUAUUUUUAUUGUUACACAAAAGAUUUACAGGAAUGAAAAUUUUUCCUGUAGGUCUUGCCAAAGCUUACUUCUAAUAAUUUUGUUUAAUGCUGUAUAUAUAACUUAUUAUAUUGUAAAAUAUGAACAUAAGAUAUGCUAAUAAAAGAAAGAAGUCAA